AAACAAAGGACAAUUCAUACUCAAUAUUUCCUAAACCUAAUUCCUAAAUUCUAAACCCCAAACUUCAAACGCCCCGAGACUCAGGCUAGCUCUCGCCGGUCGCCAACAGGAUUCUCUGCCUCCGUCACUCCGGCAGCGGCAAUAUAGGGCUGUGGUUCAGGAUUAUCUGUGGUGUCCCCUGGUUUUAUCUAUUAAACUUUUCCCCGGGAGUGGAGCUAUCAAGCAAAUGGAUGUUGCUAAGGAAUUGGGUUACAAACCUCCUUCUGAUUUUGUGGAGGAUAAAAGAGAUCCACUUGUUGAACUUAAAUUAACAGAUUCAACUGAGCUCUGGCUCAUCCAAUGGCCCAUAAAUCAUUCUUCAGAUUUUGAUGGGCAAGUGUCACUGAAACUUCAUAAUGAUGGGCAUUUAGGCAGCUUUGAGAGUUCUUCUGGAAAAUCUUAUGAUGUUUUCAAUUUAAAAGCCCAGGAUCCAGUUGGAACGGUAUUUCUAUCUUCUGCAUCAGAGGCAAAAGCUGUUGGAAAGAUUUCGCGCCAUGUUUCUUUUAUUCACUAUCCAGAGCCUAGUGAAUUUCAGAAAAACAACAAAAUGAGUUUGAAGGAGAUAGCUCAGAGGUCUUCAACGAUGACAAAGACAAGUGCUACUAAAAGUAGUAGGCAUAAAAAUUCACAAUCUACGAGUAUCUAUACUACCAACACUCCUAGUAGCCAACAGAAAAGUUCCAAAUCCAAACUGGGCAAGCCAUCUAAGACUCCGAAGAAAAGAAGUGGUGGUGAGCCUACAAAGUCCAUGGACCAGUCUUUGCAGGAUUCUGGAAGAGGGAACAGUGGAGUUACCACUUCUGGAUCAGCGGGGCAUUCUCAAGAAAGAAAAGCAAAAAAGUUGAGGGCUAAUUGAAUCUUCAAACUGUUAUAGCUUCCAUUUAUCAGAUCUGUUUCAAUCUUGAUGAACGAACAAUUUUGAGGAAGAUGCAGCGGAGAAUCAUACGGAAUAUUAAAAUGACUCACCGGCUUGUCUAGAUUAUUAUAUGGAUUUUGUGUAACGGAAGAAAUGCAGAGCUUUGAGAAUGCAACUAACUUUCAAUUCUUGUGGUGUUGAGUAGCGAGUAAUGAUCUUGAGAGAUUUUUUUAUGCUUUGGUACCUUAGAUUUUGUUUACAUGAGACUUUGAUUCUAACUUCAAGUUGAGAAUAUAAAUUAGGGAUUUAUUUGCUA